AUGGCGACUGACCAGGUUCUCGAGUCCAAAGUCGAUGUGCUCAUCAUCGGUGCCGGCCCUUCCGGGUUAAUGGCUGCCGCCUGGAUGGCACAUUGCGGCGUCAAAGCCCGCAUCGUCGACAAGAGAGGCACAAAGGUCUUUUGCGGCCAGGCCGACGGCCUUCAAUGUCGCAGUCUGGAGAUAUUUGAUUCUCUUGGCUUCGCGGAUCGCGCGUGGAAGGAGGCCAAUCACAUGAUUGAGAACCCUGGCAAUGAUGGUAUCAUCCGCCGCAGUGACAGAAUCCCAGACACCAUCGUGGGCCUCUCGCGCUUCCAACAGAUCGUCUUGCAGCAGGGACGUAUCGAGCGGUUUUUCCUCGAAAACAUUAAGAAGUACUCCAAGGACCAGAUCAAAGUCGAGCGUGGGGUCCUCCCUGAGUCUCUCGACAUUGACGAGUCCAAGGUUAACGACGACUCUGCCUACCCUGUGACUGUGAAGCUUCGUCAACUCUCAGAGGAAGAGGCUACGCCCCCUCAAGUGGCCAACGCAAGCAAGAUUGCUGACGGUCUCUUCCGAAGCAACCUCGUGCAGGAUGACGAUGAAGAGGACCUGAUCAAGAAGAGCCAGGCUCGAGCUGGAGCAAGUGAGAUUGUUCAUGCUAAGUACGUCAUUGGCUGUGAUGGCGCUCGUAGCUGGACUAGAAGAGCUCUCGGGUUUGAGCUCGACGGAGAGGCUACUGACUUCAUCUGGGGCGUGAUGGACAUCAUCCCCAUCACUGAUUUUCUAGUUGGUAUUAACCGGAGUGAAACAGCCGAUAUCCGUAUGCGAUGCGCCAUCCACUCUGCUGAAAACGGCAGUUUGAUGGUUAUCCCCAGAGAGAACAAACUCGUCCGUCUCUAUAUUCAAUUGAAGGAGGUUACGCCUGAUGCAUCUGGAAGGGCAGACCGAUCCAAGAUCACGCCCGAAAUAAUUUUUUGCGCCGCCCAGAAGAUCCUUAGCCCCUACAAGAUCGACUACGAGUACUGCGACUGGUGGACCGCGUAUCAGAUUGGUCAAAGGGUCGGUACCACCUUCGACGCCCAUAGCCGUGUUUUCCUUGCUGGAGAUGCUGUUCACACCCACUCCCCGAAGGCUGGUCAAGGCAUGAAUGUCUCCAUGCAAGACACUUACAACCUCGGCUGGAAGAUUGCUCUAGCCGCCAAAGGCAUCGCAAAGCGCGAGAUCUUGAGCACAUACCAGAGUGAGCGUCGUCGUGUUGCACAGGAUCUAAUUGAGUUCGACCACCGCUUUAGCCGUCUCUUCUCUGGCCGCCCGGCCAAGGAUGUCAUGGACGCCGAAGGAGUCAGCAUGGAGGAGUUCAAGGAUGCUUUCCUCAAGGGAAACAUGUUUGCCUCUGGGCUGUCGGUUGAUUACGGCGCCAGCAAUCUCGUCGUCAAGGCUGGCGAUUCGUUGAAGCAGGGUGACGGUAGUAAGGUUCUUGAGUCCGUUGCAGCCAUCUCUGAAGAGGACUUCAAGAAAAAGCAGGCUCUUGCACCUGGAUUGCCUGUCGGCAUGCGCUUCAACAGCUUCAAGGUCCUCAACCAGGCUUGUGCACGCCCGUGGCACUUCCAGGAGAGACUCAAGGCGGACGGCCGUUUCCGCGUUGUUCUCUUCGCAGGAAAUAUUCUGGAUGCUGCCCAGAAGGCCCGCGUCGACAAGUUCUGCGCUUCACUUGACGCUCCCGAGAGCUUUCUGCACAGGGCCACUCCUCCUGGAGCCCCUAUUGACAGCGUCAUUGAGGUCCUCACAGUUCACUCUUCGAAACGCACUGAUACCGAGCUGCUGAGAGAUUUCCCUGACAUUCUACAUCCCUUUGACCCACACACUGGCUGGGAUUACAACAAGGUUUUCGUGGACGAUGAGAGUUACCAUGAGGGCCAUGGAGAAGCUUACAAGAACUAUGGCAUCGACAACCAGAGGGGAUGCGUCGUCGUCGCGCGACCUGAUCAGUAUGUCGCCUGGAUCGGUGAGCUCGAGGACUUUGAUGAUUUGCAGAAGUACUUUGAAGGCUGCCUUGUAUUGGGAAACCGUGCCGGGAAUGUUAAUGGCACGAACGGAGUGAAUGGAAACUCAAACGGGACCAAUGGUGUCAAUGAGACGACCUUGCCAAUUCGACAGUAA